AUGGGCUCCGGGAGCCGGGCGCUGUCCGUGGUACCGGCCGUGCUGCUGGCCCUCACCCUGCCGGGGCUGCCCGUCUGGGCGCAGAACGACACGGAGCCCAUUGUGCUGGAGGGCAAGUGUCUGGUGGUGUGCGACUCGAACCCCGCUACGGACUCCAAGGGCUCCUCUUCCUCCCCUCUGGGGAUCUCGGUCCGGGCGGCCAACUCCAAGGUCGCCUUCUCAGCGGUGCGGAGCACCAACCACGAGCCGUCCGAGAUGAGCAACAAGACGCGCAUCAUUUACUUCGAUCAGAUCCUAGUAAACGUGGGCAAUUUUUUCACCCUGGAGUCUGUCUUUGUAGCACCAAGAAAAGGAAUUUACAGUUUCAGCUUUCAUGUAAUUAAAGUCUACCAGAGCCAAACAAUCCAGGUAAACCUGAUGUUAAACGGAAAGCCAGUAAUCUCUGCCUUCGCUGGGGACAAAGAUGUUACUCGCGAAGCUGCCACUAACGGCGUGCUACUCUACCUGGAUAAGGAGGAUAAAGUUUACCUAAAACUGGAGAAAGGUAACUUGGUUGGAGGCUGGCAGUAUUCCACGUUCUCUGGCUUUCUGGUGUUUCCCUUAUAGGAUUUGAUUUCUCCAUGACGUUCCGACCCCUGAGUUGUUGGAAGAUCAUUCUCUCAUCAUCCGAUUGAUGUCUUUGAUUGGUUUCUCAUGGCUGAAUAUGGAUUCUCUUUAAGGAUUCUAGGCCUGUCCGAACCAAUACACAGUCUCACCGAUUAUUUUGUGUGUGUGCGCGUCUCGGUAUACUUGGAUGGGGACUCAGAGCAGACAUCGUAUGUACCAGUGCUCACGUGUAACAGUUAAAAACUGUCUGCAAGGUUUAUUCUGAAUUUAAUUUCCCGGCAUCACUGAAUCCGUUGCAGAUGUGGAAUUUUCUUUAUUUGUUUUUCGAAGAUUGGCAACCGGGUCUAAGAAUUAGAAAACUCAAGUUCUGACUUCAAUCAACGGUUAGUGCGAUCCUGCCAAAGAACUCUGUGCUGUGUUGGUAUAUCGAUUAUACUCGUUUUUAUUCCUUUGGAAUUAGUUUGUUCUGUUCUCUUACAGUAAGUGGAGAGUUUUUUAUUUUAUUAUUUUUCCCCAGUGACUGGCUUUGUGUCUUCUCUCCAAAUAGGGUAAUGGAUAGCUCGCUCGCAGUUACCCUCUGAGAUCACCAACAUGACUUCCCUUUACAAAAAAGAACGCUUCAUAGUUGUAUUUUAAUUAUAUAUGUGAAAGAGUCAUAUUUUCCAAAUUAUAUUUUCUAAUAGGAAGAAUAGAUCAUAAGUCUGACAAGGAAAAAGUUGCUUACCCAAGUUCUAAGUGCUCAGCCCCCAAGCCCCCACCGCCCCCAAAACGCCUUCCUCUUUGGGAAAUCUUAUACUUUCUUGCUCAGCUUGAAUUAACAUGAUGGAUAAUAACCACAUUAUUAAAAACCUAAGGGAUUCUUUUCCCUGGGACGUGACCACUUUAUUAAAUGGAGAUGGGAUGUCCUUGUUUUUAAUUAUACCUAUUUUUCAAGCCUUCUGUUGUGUUUGAAAGUAUCAUCUGGUUUUGCCUUAAUUCCUUCAAUUGUAUAUAUUUAUCUGUUUAGCUAAUAUUAAAUCCAAAUAUCCCAUAUC